CGAUUGAAUGUUUUGGAAAGCACCGGAUUUACGAUUAGCCUUAAGGUUUGCACAAAUGCAGCCGCAAUAUGAUAAUGAUAUAAAUUUCAUAUGAUUGGCGUCAACCAGCAGGUGGAUCUUAGUUCCGUGCUUCAAAGAUGACAUCGGAAUCUGAUAAAGUCACUGACCCGACUGUUGAAUUCAAAAAUGAAGAUGGGAUAGUCGAACCAAAGGUGGAUAUAAAAACUUCUGGUACGAAAAACCGAUUCAGUGGAACUGUAUUGAACAUGGAUACUUCAGUCGCAUCACCAUCAAUCUUUCCAAUUUUGUUUGAGCGAGCCUCAAAUGCAUGGUGGAAUCCAUCAUUUGAUAGCCCUGUCUUAGAAGCUCAACACCAGAAGAAUGCAUUCCCUCAAACACAGCGGAGAUUCCAAUAUGCAUUAUUCUACAUCAUUCUCGCCUGUGCAGCUUGGAGCAUCUUCUUUGCAGCGAUGGGCAAGGAAUGCUGGGUGGAAUAUGUGGCUGGAGGAGUCGCCUUGCUCGUGUUCACCGUGGUCAUUCUAGUAUUCACAUACACUAAAUACUAUGAAAGAUUCUAUCUGCCCACGUCAAUACUCAUCUCUGUAGUCAUAUGUGGACUUGCGCUCUCAAAUUUCCACCGCAGCAAGCAAAAUUUGUCAUCCAUGUCAACCGUAGGGAGUUUUUCUGGCUCUAUUCAAAUCCUUCUGAUGAUGUACACAGUGUUUCCAAUGCCUCUCUACCUGUGUCUUAUCAUUGGAGGCUCUUACUCAGUGGUCUAUGAAAUCCUAGCAUGGUAUACACACCAAAAUGUACCAAUUCAGUUCACCAUUGGGAAGGCUUUACUGCACGUAUGCAUUCACCUUAUUGGCACUCAUAUAUUCAUUAACUCGCAGGUUAGGAAACGGAGCACAUUUUGGAAAGUUGGUCAGAGUAUUAUGGCCCGUCGAGAUCUUGAGAUCGAAAAGCAGCUUAAAGAAAAAAUGAUUCAUUCUCUUAUGCCCGAGGUGGUUGCUGAUGAAGUGAUGAAGUCGCGUGUUGGUGAGGGGGACGAGCAACAGGAAAUGGAUGAGUACAUAAGCACAGGGAGGAAACGUAGCAGUAGUCUCAAGAAACAAAAGGGUCAAGAAAUAUUCCGAAACUUUUAUAUGUCAAAAAUGGAUGACGUCAGUAUUCUGUUUGCUGAUAUUGUUGGAUUCACGAAAAUGAGCUCCAAUAAGACUGCAGCACAUCUAGUCGCACUUUUGAAUGAUCUUUUUGGACGAUUUGAUGUACUGUGUACUAAGAGUGGUUGCGAGAAAAUCAGCACACUUGGUGAUUGUUACUAUUGUGUGUCUGGCUGCCCUGAACCUAAAGCUGAUCAUGCCAAAUGCUGCGUCGAAAUGGGCAUUGGAAUGAUUAAAGCAAUCCAACAAUUUGAUGAAGAUAAUAAUGAAGAAGUGAAUAUGAGAGUAGGUGUUCACACUGGCACAGUACUGUGUGGACUUGUCGGCACACGCAGAUUUAAGUUUGAUGUAUGGUCCAACGAUGUAACAAUGGCAAAUCUUAUGGAGUCAUCUGGCAAACCAGGACGAGUGCACAUAUCCGAGUGUACAUAUGCAUUCUGCAAGGACAUCUAUGAGGUGGAAGAAGGAGAACCCAUUUUAGAUAACCGCAAGCACAAAGUUUUGACAGAAGACUAUGAUACAGCCACACAGUCUUACAAAGUCCAGCAUGUGCAGGAAAAGACAGAUUUAAAGACAUACUUCAUCACAGGGCGUAAGAAUCGCCAAGAUUCCUCCAAUCAGGAUCUGCGAUCAGUUACAGACACACCCCCUACUGAGCCAAAACAUAAAAAAGAGAAAGAACCAGUUGCAGAGUCUGGUGAAGUUGCUGUAGAAAUUCCAUCGGAUUCUGGGGAUUUGGAGAGAAAGGACAGCUUGAGGAAGGGCAUGAUGAAAAAUCACCUUGAACCACAGCAGGAGGCACUGAAUGGCAUGUCACCAACAGCCCUACUGCACAGAAGGGGAAGUGGACUCUAUACUGCCGAACUUGCCCUGGAUGAAACAACAGAAAAAGGGAGUGGUUUGAAGAUGGACCCAAUGCUAGUUCCUAUCAAUGAGACGCUGACAAAGUUUCGCCAAGUCAGGGACCAGAGUGACAUCCAGCUCACCAAAUGUAUUGAAGAAAACAUCAUGGGAGUCAACUACUUCUACAAACCACCUAUAAAUCUCUUUACGUUGAAUUUUCUACGUUCUGAGGAGGAAGUGGAAUAUCGUGAUCAUUAUCUAGUAGAUGUCCAAACUGUGAAGACAAUUGCUUCACCAAGAUUCAGCGCAUUGUUUGAUAUGGCAAUAUCUUUUCUAGUCAUGGUUAUUAUAUCAGUGUGCUGUUUCAUGAUGUUCCACCCAACACCUCAAUGGAUUGCAUUUUUCUGUGUCGGCAUGAUUCUGGAAAUUGCUGUACUUAUACCCCUUAUUAGGAACAUAUUUAUUGACAAUAGCGAAGCAGAGUUUGGCAAAAUCAUGACAUUUUUUACAAGCUGGUAUCCACGUCAUAUCGUUGGUGUGGUCAUAGCCUCGUUGCCGUCGGGAGCCGUUUACACAAACUUCUCAUGUGAGUUGGAUAAUGAUGCCGAUAAGUUCUUUGCAUAUCUCAUCGUGGUAUCAUUGUUGCAUUUCUGCAACUUUUCCAUGUUCUCAUCAUGGAUGAAGUCAGGAUUGGCAAUUAUUGCCGGAGCAGUGUUGCUGAUUCUCCUCAGUGUUGGUAUAUGUGGUGAGAUCAGCCCAGAGAAUGCAAUGACCACAGUUUCUAUAGUGGUCUUCAAUGAGCCAUUCAACGCCAGCGAGUACAACAAUACCUCCAGUACCACACCUUCUCCAGGCCUGUACUCCCGGGUGGGGCACCCAGUGCUCAGGUUUGAGAUUAUCCUGGAUAUGGUACUCAUGCUUCUAUUGGUCUGUUUCCUCAAUCGUGAGUUUGAAAUCGCGUACCGCUUGAGUUUCCAUGGUGAUGUUGAGGCAGCUGCCGACAAGCGACAAAUGGAGGUUGAGAAGGACCAAUGUGAUUGGUUGCUUUUGAACAUUAUUCCUGAAUACCUAUCAGAAACUUUGAAGACCACAUCCAAGUACUCCAAGAAUCAUCGUCAGGUUGGAGUUAUAUUUGCUAGCAUCGUCAACUUUAGCGAAUUCUAUGAAGAGUCGUUCGAAGGUGGGAAGGAAUACUAUAGAGUCCUUAAUGAACUGGUAGCAGAUUUUGAAGAUUUGUUUGAUGAAGAAAGAUUCAAAGAUAUUGAAAAAAUCAAAACAAUUGGCAGCUGUUUCAUGGCAGCUGGGGGUCUGAAUUCAGAAUGCAGGGAACAAAACAAAAAUGAGAAAGCGCAUUUGUACGAAUUGAUGGACUUUUGCUUGGGCAUGCUUGAGGUCAUUCACCAGUUCAAUGAGUCAAUAUUCAAUUUUGAUUUUGAGAUGGCAAUUGGGUUCAAUGUCGGUGAUGUGACUGCAGGUGUUAUAGGUACUACAAAGCUGCAUUAUGAUAUUUGGGGGGACACUGUGAAUAUAGCCUCGAGGAUGUACUCUACGGGCGCUAGGGGCAAGAUUCAAGUCACAGAGGAUACAAAAAAUAUCAUGGAAGAUGUAUUUGAAUUUGAAUAUCGUGGAGAAAUCUUUGUUAAAGGAAAGGGUGACAUGAAAACAUAUCUUUUAGUUAAAAAGAAGGAUGGUGCCACAUGGGACUGAGUGUCCCAUGUAUUUUCAGUAUUUUCACUAUAUGGUCUCGGGACAGUUGCUAGAGACAUCCAUUGGACAUAUUGACCUUCAGUUACAUAAUCACCUUGAAAAAUCAACCAUUUGUAAAUGUCCAUUCACAAUGGUAUAAUUCUUAGGUGGAUGAAACCCAAAUAGCUGGGCUUUAUUCAAUUUUUGAAUGGCUUGUGAAUAUACCAAGGGUAUUGAUUAAAGUCCUGUCGUGAGGAAAUAUCCAUUUUAAGCUGUGGUCUAUGAGACAUGCUUAUGAAAAUUGAAACGUGAAUGCAUAUAAGUGGGCUUUAUCGUAAAUAAACCUGAAUUUAACUUAUGACUAACCAACUGACAUUGGGUAAAUCCCAGCUUUGAAGAAAAAGUCUAUACCUUUCAAAUAUUGAUACCUUUCAUGAUUUAUUUGAUGGUCAGUAUAGUAAUGAUCAACCUGUGAUGGUAUUCACUCCCUGAAAUAAUCA